AUGGACAUGCGCCGCGCCUACACGGACCUCGUGACGCUGGACAAGCAGCUGCGGGAGCUACUGCGAGCCAAUCCGCUGAACGCUCAGGACGCGAACGCUCUGCGGCGUCAGCUCAUUGACGCCGUCGUGCGACUUGCAGACACCUACCCCUUGUUCGCCGCUGAAAAAGAGGUGGAACUUGCGCUGUGGAAACCGUGUUUCUAUCGCCGGAUCGAAGACUUUCGUCGCCGGAUCCGCAAGUACGCGGCAGCUGCUCAGACCGAGCGCACUGUGCGGGAACACUUUGACCGCGUGUCGACCGAGUUUCAGCUCUUCUUGACCGAAGCUGCGAGUGUCUACACGCACUUGAGAGACGUGUUUGCAACGUGGCUGCAGCGGGCUCGACAAGGAGCAGCUGUGGCAACGGACAGCAGUGAUGCUGCACGCUGUCGCCAGAGCUUGCACCGCUGCUACGUGUUUCUAGGAGACUUGGCGCGCUACCAGGAGCUACACAGUCAACGAGCUAAAAAGAACUUUACUGCGGCGGGCGCGCUGUAUUAUCGUGCGUUGGCAGUCAUGCCGGAGAAUGGAAACCCGCACAAUCAGUUGGCAGUGCUAGCGACGUAUGUCGAGGCAGAGACAGUGGCAGUGUAUCGCUAUUGCCGGAGUCUGUUGACGCUGCACCCGUUUACGACAGCAGAAGAGAAUCUAGCACUGCUGUUUGAACGCAGUCGUCAUCGUCCGCUCGCUGCGCCCAUGAAGUUUACGACAUUGUCGCUGUCGUCGAAGGAAAAGUCAGCGUUGUUGAAAAGCUACCUACACCGUCUCACACGAAUGCACGGUAUCUUGUUCGCGCUAUCGUCGCCACGUGGAUCUCACAUCGCGCCGCCGAGCAGUAGUGAGGGGACAGUGCCAACGUAUCCGCGCGACAUGGAAGCUGUGCUUUUUAAGGACUUGCGGACGUUGCUGCACGCAGGUGUGGUGGGAGACUCAUUGCUGUUGAAGAUCGUGGUGACGAACAUGUUUUGCAUGAUCCGCGCGGCGGACUCGCGCUCGCCAUCUUCGCCCAUUCGAGAUGCGCUUCGUCUGUCUGUUCGAACAAUGUCCUGUGUCAUGGAGUUUGUUUUGGAAACCUUGGACAUGAAGUCGAAAGCAGGGACAAGUAGCAAGAGUCUGAAGGAUUCGGCGUUUUCCGCACUGCGAUUCUUAGGUCCUGUGGCUGUGUUUUGUCAAUACCUAGGGCUACAUCCAGAUAUGUUGGUGCAACUGGAGCAGCUUUUGGUGCAUCGUGAGAAGAAACUAUACAGCGAUGUGGCAACGAGUGAACAAGGAACAGGCGCGGACCAGUUCUUUUCCGUCUUUCUUGAAACAUUGGCCAAACUUGUGAACCAUGCACGCAUGCGUGAGUUGUAUACUCCGCUGCUGUCGGACGCCGAUCAGCUAAAUGGAGGUAUGCCGUUUGCUGUGUGUAAACAAGAACAUUUGCUGAAGGAAAGCCUCGAGCUUCGAGGGUUUACACCGCUUGAGACAGAAGGUGCUUCGUCAAUGUGGCAGGAUGACGUCGUGCUGCAGACGUCAGCUACUGAAGCAAACAGCGUAUCGCAAUCGACGCCUUUGUCGGACGACGAGGCUGCAAAAUUUCGUGCACGGAGAUUGUACAACUUUGCGCAAUAUUUGUGCAAUGGCUACAAGGGAGAUCCGCUGCUUUUCUUUAGUGCGUCGGGACAAUUCACGACAUCGCCAUUGGUCAGGGAUGGGAAUCCCUUGCAUGCUAAUGGGAUGUCUGACGCACUAGCUUCGCUAGAUCUCGGGCAUUUUUCGGUCGGGACUAUUCAGCAGCAGCAAUCGCAACCACAGGGAACCAUUGGCAGCAGUUAUGAGAAUGACACUGGCGUUGAUGAAGACGACGACUUUGAUGACGAGGUGAUUGUGUUCAGACCGUCGGCAGCUUUUGGAGCGAUGGCAAAUGACCAGUCGACGAAGCCACUCGGCGGGUUUGUAAGCACUGCACCUCUUUUGGAUGCGUCAUCUGGUGGCGACGCUUUCAGCCUUCGGUCGCCGAGCCCAAUCUCGUCAGCAGAUGAUCGGGAAAGCACUAGCAGCCAGAGCAGCGCGUUCGGCACUGGCAAACGUUCGUUCGGUUUGUCCAUUGGGUACCCUAGCUUUAACACCUUUAAUGGUGAAGGUAGCUUACCAGGCGGACCUCUCGUGCCAGGGUGGGAAAACAGUGCCGGCAAUAGCAGCAUGAAGGGCAAUGAUACUGUACUGAGAAACAGUCGUGAUGUUCCUCUGGGCAUGCCGACUGGUGACAACAACGGACUGCGCGAUGUAAGUAUGAUGCCAUCCGUUACUUCAGGUGUAAGUGGUGGUGCACAGGGACUUGGAUUGAGCAGCCAUUUUACCAGGAGUCAGGCCUUUGUCCCUAUGGCCGAUUUGGCAGCUGUGGAGCGUGAGGCUACGUUAUACCAGCAAAGGGCAUCAAGCUUGAGUUCAUUUUUAAGCGUCCCGACACCUGCGAGCAAGAAGGAGUCACCAAGUCCGUCGUCGUCUCCGUGGGUUGCCGCUCGCCCGCCUCCAGGUUUUGCUACCGCUUCGAUGGAAGAUCAGCAGCAGCGUUUGCCCAACUCGUUUUUCAACCCGUAA